AUGGCCUCAUACGCUCGUCUUGUCCGCUUCGUCCCCAAAUCAGGCGGUGCGCCGUUGAUCGGCGAGCCUGUCGACAGUGCGGUCGACGUCGGUCUCGCUAGCUUCGAAGGCAAGCCCAUCGAGGUCAAUGUCUUUUCUGGCUCGUCGGUAAUCAAUCCGGGCGAGAAGACUGGCAAGACGGCGACGGUCGAGCGCCUCCUCUCACCUCUCGCCCAAGCCGAGGUUGGCACCAUCCGCUGUAUCGGCCUCAACUACCGCUCGCACGCAGAGGAGGUCAACAUGCCCGUGCCAUCUGUGCCGACCGUGUUCAUGAAGCCUGCACAGGCACUCGCGGACCCGUACCCCGCUCCGACAGUCAUCCCGCGCGUGUUCGUCAAGGAUGACGCGGCUGACUACGAGUCCGAGCUCGUCCUUGUUAUUGGCAAGGACGCCAAGGACGUUCCCGAGGCCGACGCGCUCGACUACCUCGCCGGAUACACGGCUUGCAACGAUGUGUCGUCCCGUGUCCAGCAGUUUGCGACGACGCAGUGGACGUUCUCCAAGUCGUUUGACGGGGCUUGCCCUAUCGGACCGGCGUUUGUGUCCAAGGACGCUGUCAAGGAUUUCGGCAAGUUGGCAAUCAAGGGUAUCCACAACGGCAACGUUGUGCAGGAGAGCACCAUGGACGACCUCAUCUUCUCUGUGCCAAAGAUCAUCUCGUUCCUGUCGCAGGGGAGCACGCUACCAGCCGGCACUAUUAUUAUUACUGGCACACCCGCUGGCGUCGGAUGGGGCAAGAACCCCAAGAGUCUCCUGCGUGACGGUGACGACUUCCGUGUGAGCAUAACCGGCGGCAUCGGCACCCUUAUCAACAAGAUUGUUGAGGAGAAAUAG